GCAGCAGCAGCCCCGGCUGCGGGUCGCGACGGCGGCGGGGCGCCCCCUCCCCCGUGCCGGGGCGCGGCGAAGGGAUGUGGGGCUUUGCGGGAGGAAGGCUUUUCGGCAUCUUCUCGGCCCCGGUGCUGGUGGCGGUGGUUUGUUGCGCCCAAAGCGUAAACGACCCCGGAAACAUGUCCUUUGUGAAGGAGACGGUCGACAAGCUGUUGAAAGGCUACGACAUUCGCCUGAGACCCGACUUCGGGGGUCCCCCAGUCUGCGUGGGGAUGAACAUCGACAUCGCCAGCAUCGACAUGGUUUCUGAAGUCAACAUGGAUUAUACAUUAACUAUGUAUUUUCAACAAUAUUGGAGAGAUAAAAGGCUCGCCUAUUCUGGGAUCCCUCUCAACCUCACGCUUGACAAUCGAGUGGCUGACCAGCUCUGGGUGCCCGACACAUAUUUCUUAAAUGACAAAAAGUCAUUUGUGCACGGAGUGACAGUGAAAAACCGCAUGAUCCGCCUACACCCUGAUGGGACAGUGCUGUACGGGCUCAGGAUCACGACAACAGCGGCAUGCAUGAUGGAUCUCAGAAGAUACCCACUGGAUGAGCAAAACUGCACCCUGGAAAUCGAAAGCUAUGGCUACACCACGGAUGACAUCGAAUUUUACUGGCGAGGCGGGGACAAGGCUGUCACAGGUGUGGAAAGGAUUGAGCUCCCACAGUUCUCCAUUGUGGAACACCGUCUGGUCUCCAGGAAUGUUGUCUUCGCCACAGGUGCCUAUCCUCGACUCUCAUUGAGUUUUCGGUUGAAGAGAAACAUUGGUUACUUCAUUCUUCAGACGUAUAUGCCCUCAAUACUGAUCACAAUCCUCUCGUGGGUGUCCUUCUGGAUCAAUUAUGAUGCAUCUGCUGCCCGAGUUGCUCUGGGGAUCACCACCGUGCUUACCAUGACAACCAUCAACACUCACCUUCGGGAGACUCUACCCAAAAUCCCCUACGUCAAAGCCAUUGACAUGUACCUGAUGGGCUGCUUUGUCUUUGUAUUCCUGGCCCUUCUGGAAUAUGCCUUUGUCAACUACAUCUUCUUUGGAAGAGGGCCCCAAAGGCAGAAGAAACUUGCAGAGAAGACAGCCAAGGCCAAGAAUGAUCGUUCCAAGAACGAAAGCAACCGGGUGGAUGCUCACGGGAAUAUCCUAUUAGGAUCGCUGGAGGUUCACAAUGAAAUGAAUGAGGUUGCAGGCGGCGUUGGAGACACCAGGAAUUCAGCAAUAUCCUUUGACAGCUCAGGAAUCCAGUAUAGGAAACAGAGCAUGCCCAGGGAAGGGCAUGGGCGGUACAUGGGAGACAGAAGCAUCCCGCACAAGAAGACGCACCUUCGGAGGAGGUCUUCACAGCUCAAAAUCAAAAUCCCUGAUCUAACCGAUGUGAAUGCCAUAGACAGAUGGUCCCGGAUCGUGUUUCCAUUCACGUUUUCUCUUUUCAACUUAGUUUACUGGCUGUACUAUGUUAACUGAGUGACUGUACUUGAUUUUUCAGAGACUUCAUUUAACACUGAGUGAAAUAUUACCCUGCCUGUCAAGUUUUUAUACCAGUACACACACACACACACACACACACACACACACACACACACACACACACACACAAACUGUAUAUAUAUGUGAACUUUCUCAGCAUAUAUAUAAAACACAUGUGUAUAUGAGGAUGCAUGUGUAUAUGUUUAUAUACACAGGUGUGCGUAUCUGUGUAUGUGAAACAAAUACGCAUACAUGCCAUACAUUUUGCAACUAUGGACAAUUUAACACAGGAUGCAUAUUAAAGAAAGUCAUAGCUUUUUUUUUUUUUUUUUUUUAAUUGAAAGGGACAAGUAUCUAAAUAUUAUGCCUCAAGAAUGAGGGCGUGAAACACAGUCAUCCCAAAGUGUGUCUUUUAUUAUCAUAAGUUAGAUAUUUUUGCUUACAAAUCAGAAAGGAAUUCUUAGUUCAGUUCACCUUUGGGAACUCCCACAGCCGUAGUUGUACACCUCAUGUCAUGUCUUUCAGUUUGCAGCCAAGGCUCGCUGGCUUCUCUGGGAUGGGCUUGUUUCAUCAGGUAUGCUUUUCUGUAGUGGGUUAGCACGUGAGGUGAGUCGCUGGCAGUGCACUUACCUGACUCUUACUGGUAGGUAGCUCCCAUGCUCAUGUCUGAAUGUUCAUCUUAAACACUCACUGGGAGUAAAUGGUGUCCCGCUGUAAGUACUCCACUGUCCCAUACAUGUGGGGAGUUUCUGUUAACAUUAAGUGGGUC